CAAUAUUGGGGGGGACAUGUCCUCCCCGUCCCCCCCGCUUCCUACCCUUAUGAAAGCAAUUAUUUGUCAGGUCACAACGUUUAAGGCUCUGCGUCAUAUUUCCGCGCCAGUCGCCUCUUCGCUGCUGAGGACGCAUCCAGCAUGGGGCACCUUGGCGGCUCAUUUCUGCUGAUCGCAUUGCUUAUUUUGCUUCAUAUUCGAGGKGCUGCAUCUCACUCUUUACCCGCCUGUAACCAGCWGCUGGAGUUUACAUGCAGUGAUGGAUCGUGUUUAUCGAAGCUGAAGUUGUGUGACGGCCACACAGACUGUGCUGAUGGAUCUGACGAGCACCACUGUGGCCACAGCGGGUGUGGGAAAGAGAAGUUCACCUGCCGCAGUCGACGCUGUAUAUCAUCAAAACUCUUCUGUAACGGUGYUGACGAUUGUGGCGACGGGAGCGAUGAGGAUUCCUGUCACAGCUGCACCCCUGGGUCUUUCUCCUGCGGGCCGGCCGAGGCCUGUCUGCCCAGAAACAAGCUCUGUGAUGGGUGGAACGAUUGCAAAGACGGACGAGAUGAAGCCUGGGGCCUGUGCAGUUCAGUCCAGGCCUCUCCUCAGAAGUCCUCGGCUUGUGCAGCCUCAGAGUUUCAGUGUGGARACGGAGCGUGCAUCCGGCAUGCGUGGAGGUGUGACCACUCCCCGGACUGCGCCGACGGCAGCGAUGAGGAAAACUGUGGAAGUGAAGCUCAGCUGGUUUUCAGCUCUUCAAAAGGAAUCCAAGUGAAAAACCUGAUGAACAAGGAGUAUUCGAUACUGGUGCCACAUUCACCGGGACACGGUCCAAUAGCAGUCCUGGCUUCCACCCAUAAUGUGUACUGGGCGGAACGGGGAUUCGGCUCCAUAUACAGGAUGUCAUCAGCUGAAAAUACAAAGGAAGCUGUGCUGGUGUUGAAAGUUCAAAGUUCAGUGUCUGGGCUUGCUGUGGAUUGGAUUCACCAACUUCUCUACUGGACCAAUGUUGAGGCAGGUUCACUUAACGUGGCGCCGCUGGAGGGUUCCUUUCAACGUCAACUGAUCACCGGGCUCAACAAGCCCUCUGCAGUCGCUGUGGAUCCUCUCCAAGGCUUCCUCUUCUUGGCUCAGUGUGGCGGCGCUCCAGUAAUUGAGAGAGUUACUCAAGAUGGACGGACAAAACUUCCUUUGGUCACUUCUCUAAUCCGCCAGCCUGUUGCCCUCUCUCUUGAUUUGCCUCGACGGUUGCUCUACUGGUUUGACCAGGGAAUGAGGAGCAUCUCCAGGAUAGAUCUUGAAGGCCGCCACCGUAAAACUGUGGUAGAAUCCAACGGCUACCUGGACCAGUUGUUUGGACUCGCAGUAUUUGAGGGAUCUUUAUAUUGGGGUGAUGAAGCUACACACUCCAUAUGUCGUGCCAACAAACACAAUGGCAAAAAUCUCCAAGUGAUGAUGUCAAACAUCACCGUAUCUGGCGGCUUGGUCAUCGCUCAUCCAGCGCUUCAACCAAAAGGAGCGGCUGCGUGUGGACGUCCAGGGACGGUGUGCGAGCACGGAUGUGUUAUUGAUCUGAUGUCAGAGAGGCAACAGUUCAGCUGUGACUCUCGACAAACAAGACCCAACAAAACUCAAGUUCCUUCUGUCUMUCGCUCUGUUCCUGCAUCGACUUUAUCUGAUCCAACUUUCGCUGGAAUCCUAGUGAUGCUUGUCUCCUGUGUGUCUCCCAGUGCUCCUCAGUAUGCUGCUGGUGGGGAUGGCUUGGUGGUGGUGGAGGGAAGAGUUUCGUCCCUCCAGGUCUUCCAUGUUGCAGAACGUUUCUCUGAAAGAGUCCCAGAACCCACUCAUCGAUCAGGGGCCUCCCGUGGGCCCUAA